CGAUUGAGAUCACGUUUUGGUUCCGUUUCCUAAAGUUCGGCCGUGCUUCCGGUCGAAUUCUCCCGAUUGUUUUAUUUGUCUUCCCGAUUCAGUUGCGUAAUCAUAUGAUUCGAUAAUCAUUAGGAUAACAUGUUGAGACGAACAUGGCGAAAUUCGAGCCUGAGGAAGUAGAUUUGGUCAAUUGAUUGUAUGCAGAAAUUCCUCGCAUUUGGAAGAUGGACUCAUGCCCGAUUUUGCAUUGGACAGUUCAUGCGGCACUCUGCUUCUUGAACCUCUAUGGCUACGCCAAGGACAAGUCCGGACCGCUGAAACCUGGUGUGGAAACAGUUGAGGGCACCGUGAAGACUGUCGUUGGGCCUGUGUAUGACAAGUUUCACGAUGUCCCGAUCGAGGUCCUCAAGUUCGUGGACCGCAAGAUUGAUGAGUCCGUGACCAAGCUGGACAAGCAGGUCCCACCUGUUGUCAAGCAGGCCUCUUCCCAGGCUUUCUCGGCUGCUCAGCGGGCUCCAGUUGCUGCUCAAACCAUGGCUUCAGAAGUCAAGCGGGCAGGAGUCGUGGAUACCGCAUCUGGGAUCGCAAAAUCAGUCUACACUAAGUACGAGCCCACCGCCAAGGAGCUCUACUCCAAGUACGAGCCCAAGGUCGAGCAGUGUGCUGCAUCCACCUGGCGCAAGCUCAACCGUUUGCCCCUUUUCCCACAGGUGGCCCAGGUGUUUGUCCCAACUGCCGCCUACUGUUCAGAGAAAUACAACGAGACUGUGCGCAGCUCGGCCGAGAAGGGCUACAAGGUCUCGACUUACCUGCCUUUGGUCCCCACUGAGAAGAUCGCCAAGGUGUUCAGGGAUGACGUGCCGGAAGCGGAGCCUUUGGUUCCUGGAGUGCAUUAAUCUAAUAUCCACCCAUACCCUGUUCCCGUUGGUUUGAUGAGUGGCAGUGAGGGGUUACUUGAAUCUCGCAGAACCUGUGGAGUUGCGCUUUUUAUUCUCUUCCGAUUCAAUGCUCGUGCAUUUGAAACUUUGAUUGCAUUAUGUAUAUAAUAGUUUGAUUCAAACUUCUUUAAGUUAUGUCCCCGUGUAGUUGAAGUGUGUUAUCUUCGUUUCCCUUUCCUUGAUUCUGCAAACAAUUUUUUUUACCCCUCGUGUUAGAUGCAUAAUAUUCUUGUUUCUGGUA